GAGGAAGAAGCGUAAAUGAGGAGUGGACAGGAAAUAAUGGAAAAAUGAGGAAAACAAAUAAAGAAGUGGAAGAUGUAGAAAAUGGACAAAAAGGGAGAGGAGCAAGAGAAAAGAGAAUAACAAGAGGCAGAAGCGACAGUCUAUCAUCAAAUAACAACAAAAAGCACCACGAACUCCCUGCAACUCUCUCCUCCGUGAACUCUGACCUCUUGCACGACUCCCAAAGGUUAAAGGCCGCUCUGUACAACCUCCUGCAGGCCACCAAAGAUCACCCAGGGGCGGCACUUCACGCAAUGCUUCUUGGGGAGGUAGACAAGCCUGCAGGAGAACUUAUCAGCCUCCUGACGAAGAGCUUCAAGGGCGUGGACUCUGGAGCUUCUCGUUUAGCUCUCUCUGGUUCGUCUCCCUCGGAAUUGCUUGCCAGUGGCGGUUCCUUCGUCAGUAGCAAAAGGAACACAAUGAUUUCUCUGCCUCCAGGAAAGAUUGUCUCUAAUUGGCUACCUAAUGUACGUGGUGGUGGUUCCUUCUUCAGCAGUAAUGAGAGUCACCAUGAGGCUUCUAAGUCAAGGGUUUCUGCACCUUCAGGAAAGAAUGUCUCGGAGGAUUUAACACUCACAAAUAAUGCUCCUGAUGGUGGUUCUUUCUUCAGCAGCGAGGAAGAGUCCUUUCAUGUUAACUCAAGGGUUUUUGCACCUUCAGGAAAGACUGUCUCGAAAGAUUCACCACUAACGAACAUUCCUGACAGUUAUCACUCCGUCAGUAGCAAGGAGAAGGAUUCCACUCAUAUUGACUCCAAAACUCCUUCAGGAAAGACUUUUGGAACCACUGAGGAGCGCAGGAGGAGAAGACGAAGCCAAGGCGUCAUGUACCUCCCAAUAAACGCUCCUAGACCAGACCCAUGUGCUCCUCCUAAGGGCGCGGGACUCCUGAAGGCUUUACCACUGGUCCUUCUCAGCUCCCUACUCUCUGUGGCUGACGCUGUGGCUACUGUAGUGAACAAUCUCAACUCCAAUAACAACAAUAACAACAACAACAACGAUAACAACAUGAACAGCGAUAACACCAAUGUCGAUGCGAAUAUUAACAACGCUAAUCAAAUCAACAUUGUCCCAUUUGACGGACGCCGCGCCCUCCGGAUGGUGCGGCAAGGGAUGGACAGUGUGGGCAGGGCGGCGCUGGAUGUGUGGAGGGCUGUGGCGGGUGACGGAGACGAUGAUGGAGGCGCAGAAGGUGAAGGAAAUAAUGCGGAUGUGGGUGGUGGUGAAAUGGGUUUGGGAAAUGUUGUUAGUGGUGGUGGUGGUGGAGAAAAUGAUGGUGAUGGUGGUGGUGGUAGAGAAAAGUCCUACACAGAGACACCGCCGUGCAAGAAGAGGAAUUUAAGGGAGUAUCCUUCAACCAUCUCCCGAAUGUCCUCAGAAGUCCUACAGCCACUCCAGCAUCUUGAAGGAUCCCCCACCUCAAUGUGUCCUUUAAAGCAUCCUUCGUUUGCUGUAGUGUCCUUUCAGUCAUGUUUUGUGUUCAUGUAG